ACGACCACUUCGUGCACAAACGGACGCAGAGAAACGCCUUCUCUUGACAAAUCAGUUUCCGGUAAUCUCCAGGUCGUGAAGUAUACGUUGGCCAUAUCAUCGAACAAGACAAACCUUACCGCGGAUAAUGCAGACGCACUUGUCGCUGGUGGUGUUCGCGUGUUUCUGGGUGCUAAAUAAUGGCGCCGAAGAGGCUAUCGAGCCACUGGUAAAGUCGUCAUUGUCGUCGUCGUCGCCCGCUGUCGGGUCUAAGGUCAGCAGUGACGCGAAGGAUCUAGACGCGUCAGCUAGUGACCACGGAUACCUCUUGAGCCGAGAUUACGGAUACGGCUCCACUGGUUACGGCGGAGGAAUCGGCGGCUACGGGGGAAGAGGUAAUGGAAUCUAUAGCAGCGUUCCCGGAGGGUACUCAGGACUAGGAGGUGGAUAUGGAUAUGGAUCUGGAACUGGCUUCGGGACUGUCUAUCGUGGCGCUGGACUGACGCCUGGCUACGGUGGCUAUCCGACUGCAGAUUACGGAAACGGGAUCAUUGGCGGAGGUCACAGAGGCUACGGAUACUACGGCACCUCUGGGUAUGGCGGUGGUUACGGUGGAGGAAUCAGAAACGACGUCUACGGAGGUUUGGGAUCUGGUUUCUACGGUAAUGGCAAUGGUUACUCCGGUUAUGGGGGUACGAAGGGAUACGGUACAAGCGGCUACGGCGGAAACUACGGUGGUACAGCGUACGGCACCGGUUACGCUGGGGGUUACGGCGGAAAGGACAUUGCCGGAUAUGAUCCCUACGGGUAUCGAGGAAAUGGUAUUGGAUACGGCGGCACUGGUACAGGGUAUCGAAGACACGGAGGAUACGCUUAUCAGCCGUCCGGCUAUCGGGGUUAUUCUUAAAAAAAACCUUCUGCAAUCGUCUGAAUUUUGACGACGUAUUAAUUCGUCGUUACUGUUCGAUACCAGUUUUCUGAAACCAUGAAAAUCAUUUCAUUCGAAUAUACCUUUGUCAUUGUGACACAAAUAUAUUAUAAAAUAAAAAAAACUUGAUACGAA